UCGGGUGUUUUAGCCUACAGUCAGUAAUGUCUGGUCGUGGCAAGCAAGGAGGCAAGGCCCGCGCCAAGGCCAAGUCGCGGUCGUCUCGCGCCGGCCUGCAGUUCCCGGUGGGCCGAGUGCACCGGCUGCUGCGCAAGGGCAACUACGCCGAGCGGGUGGGGGCCGGCGCGCCGGUGUACAUGGCGGCGGUGCUGGAGUACCUGACGGCGGAGAUCCUGGAGCUGGCGGGGAACGCGGCCCGAGACAACAAGAAGACGCGCAUCAUCCCGCGCCACCUCCAGCUGGCCAUCCGCAACGACGAGGAGCUCAACAAGCUGUUGGGCAAAGUCACCAUCGCCCAGGGCGGCGUCCUGCCCAACAUCCAGGCCGUUCUCUUACCAAAAAAAACCGAAAGCCACAAAGCCAAAAGUAAAUAAAACCCUCACAAGCCAAAGACCAAAGGC